CGGAUCCUCUCGUUCACUAUGUUACCAGGACUGCAAUUCUAAAACGUAAAAUAUCGAAUAUUAAUGGCAUUAUCAUCACAAACACACAUAAUGGUCGGCUUGAUGGGAUCACAAGAUUUCUCAAGGAAUUCUUUUCCCAACACCCUAAUACCGAUGAAUCUCAAAAGCUUGACUGUCUCGUGAUUCUUACCCAAGAAUUCAAUAAUGAACCAAUUAUUAAUAUCCUAAAAGAUAAUGGAUUCGAGAAUAUAAAUGAUUUUAAUUAUAGAGAUCCGAUUUUUGAAAACCAAAAUAUAAAUAUGAGAUGUUUUUUUCACAAUAAAGGAAGACCUUUAGUUUUAAAACGUAAAAAACAUGUUGACCAAAAUUCAGGCUUCUGGCAAAGAGGAUAUAAAAAUGCAGUGAGAACUUUUUGGAGAAAAGUUGAUGAUAAAUCAUUACAAGAUUUGCCAAUAGAAAGAUCCGGUGAUGAGUUAUUUAUAAACGUACGAAAUAACCUAUCUAAAACUCAUGUUGAUCUAUCAAGUAUUCUUACAUGUUUACAGUAUUCAAGAGAUGGAAAUAUAAAAACAAUGCUUCUCACUAGUGAUAGUGCUGUUUCUUGGAUAUUAGAAGUUAUAACGAUAAAGUUGAAAGAACACCUGCAAAUACAAUUAAAUGAAUGA